AUGUGCCAACUAUCCAGCACCGCUACCAUUUGCGAAUCCUGCCGCCAUCUCAUCAGCUACACCUCCAACAAACACUUCUGCCCUCUUGUCAUGAACCCCGUGACGAGGAUCCCCAUUGAAGAGAUGGAGGACAGAGCGUGUCUUGAAGAGCCAGAGGAUUUCAUUUGUUAUGUUUCUAGACAGUUUUGCAAGCGUUGCGAGGAUAAGAUGGCCAAUGCUGAGGUCAGUCAGCCUUGCAAGCGUUGUGAGGACAAGGCAGCCACUGUUGAAGUCAGUCAAUUUUGCAAGCAUUGUGAGGGUAAGCCAGCCAAUUUUUACGAGGAUAAUACAGUCAAUAUUGAGGCCAGUCAGUUUUGCAGGCACUGCGAGGAGAACACAGCGAAUGUUGAGGUGAGUCAGCCUUGCAAGCAGUGCGAGGAUAAGACGGCCAUUGUUGAGGUCUAA